AUGCAGCAGCCUAUGUUAGUUUUGAAGAACAACACCAAGAGGGAGAGUGGUCGCAAGGUUCAAUUGAGCAACAUCAAAGCAGCUAAGACCAUCAGUGACAUCAUUCGAACAUGUCUUGGACCCAAAGCUAUGUUGAAGAUGCUCAUGGACCCAAUGGGAGGAAUCGUCAUGACAAACGACGGCAACGCCAUCCUCAGAGAAAUCCAAGUUCAGCACCCAGCAGCCAAAAGUAUGAUUGAGAUCAGUCGUACCCAAGACGAAGAAGUUGGUGACGGAACCACCAGUGUGAUCAUCCUGGCUGGAGAGCUGCUGAAGGUGGCAGAACCAUUCCUAGUGGACAACAUGCAUCCCACAGUUAUCAUUGCUGCGUACAGACAAGCCUUGGAGGAUGCAGUGAGCAUGAUGAGGAAUGAAGUCGCUAAACCUGUUGAUACUGAUAACAGAGAGGAGAUGGUUAAAAUUAUUAAAUCAAGUCUUGGAACCAAAUUCAUGAAGGGCUGGAAUGAUUUGGCAUGCGGAAUAGCACUGGAUGCUGUGAAGUGUGUCCGUAUUAACGAUCAAAGUGCAGGUGGUUAUAAUGAGAUUGAUAUCAAAAGAUACGCUAAAGUCGAGAAGGUUCCCGGAGGUAGUAUUGAAAUGUCAGAGAUCCUCGACGGAGUUAUGUUCAACAAAGAUGUCACUCAUACCGGGAUGAAGAGACGCAUUGAAAACCCCAGGAUUGUAAUGUUGGAUUGUAAUCUGGAGUACAAGAAAGGAGAGAGUCAGACCAACAUGGAGUUCAUGCAGGAGACAGAUUUCAGGAAGAUCCUCCAACUAGAAGAGAAUUAUAUCAAGGAUAUUUGUGAUGAUAUCAUCGCUCUCAAACCCGACCUUGUUCUUACAGAGAAAGGUGUGUCAGAUCUCGCCCAGCACUUCCUCCUAAAAGCAGGAAUCACAGCUGUCAGACGUCUGCGUAAGAGUGACAUGAACCGUGUUGCACGUGCAGUCGGAGGACAGAUUGUCCAUAGGACUGAGGAACUGAAGGAUUCUGAUGUUGGAACUGAGUGCGGACUUUUCGAGGUCAAGAAGUUCGGAGACGAAUACUUCACAUUCCUCACAAAAUGCAAGAACCCCAAAGCCUGCACCAUCCUGCUCAGAGGAGCCAGUAAGGAUGUCUUAAUGGAGGUCGAGAGGAAUCUCCUAGAUGCUAUGAAUGUUGCCAGAAAUGUCAUGAUCGAUCCUUUCUUGGUUCCCGGAGGCGGAGCAGUGGAAGCAGCUGUAGCUCACAGACUUAUAGAGAAGUCUAAAGAAAUCCAGGGUGUAGGACAGUGGCCUUACAGAGCCCUCGCUGAGGCACUCCGAAUCAUCCCCAAGACUCUUAUGCAGAACUGCGGAGUAAACACCAUCAGAACAAUGACCAACUUGACAGCUAAACACGCCACCACCGGGUCUACCUGGGGCGUGGACGGAGAGACCGGUAAUAUCGUAGAUAUGGAGGAGUUUGGCGUGUGGGAUACUCUUCAGGUGAAAUCCCAAGUGUUUAAGACUGCAAUCGAAACAGCCAUAUUACUGCUUCGUAUCGACGAUAUAGUCAGCGGAGUGAAGAAGCAGUCCGACAUUGAUGCAGAAAAAAUGGCGGGAAAAUUCCAAGCAGCCAAUCCUCAGGAAGGCCCUGAAGAAUAG